GGCAGGAAGCUCUCCGCUCCCUUCCUCACCUCAGGACGCGGGCGGCUCCUGCCUUGCGGGGACCCCUCAAGGGAUUGGGGCGGCGGUUCCCACCCUCCGCCAUCGCAGCCCCCUGCCCGCCCGAGCUCCGCCCGCUCGCCGCCCCACCUCCCGGCCGGGUGCCGCCGGAGCCGGGCAGCCCGGCGGGUGACCGCCGCACCAUGAGCGCCGAGUGCAGCAGCUACCUCAACGCCGACAAGGUGCUGGUGAGCGGGUUCAGCUGCCCGCGGACGGGCGGCGACGCCAGCGCCGUGUACUGCUGCGGCUUCCAGGACGUCAAGUACUGCUGCGAUGACCCCCACAGCUUCUUCCCCUAUGAGCACAGCUACAUGUGGUGGCUCAGAAAUCAGGGUCUUUGGCAUGGGCUGUGGAAUAGAGAACUGGGACACUGUAGGCGUCAAAUCGCCCAGGAGAGUGUUGGAGCACUCGUGGGCCUGUCGAUAGCAGCAGUGGUCCUCUUUGCUUUUAUCAUCACUGUGUGUGUUCUCUGUUAUUUGUUUAUCAGCACGAAGCCACGCAGCAAACUGGAUACUGGUUUAAGCUUACAGAUGGCAGACAGUGAGACCAGAGGGAGUUCAAUAUGUUAAAAAAAAACAGAGGCACUGGAUGGAUUCUAUCAAUGGUGUCAUGAAAAUAGAUAGAGAGCUGCAUUCUUCACAAGGCCCCCACCAAAACAAGCUGCUGACAAAGCCAAGUGGCUUGAAGAGAUUUCCUGAGCCACCAGGAUGGACUGUGACUGUAAGCCACAAGAGCCUGACUCAUUCUUCCAGAAGAGUUUCCUGGCUGUUACAACCACUGUUGAUAACCAGAGGCCAAUCUAAAGCUGUGCCAGGAUAUGUAUUUGUGUAUGAUUGCUGUACUGAGAAGUAGUAAACAUUGAUUUGCACAUGCCAGCUCCUGCUGCUAGUCAUUUUCAUGUAAAAUGUUGUCUUUACCCUGUGCCAUUCCAGCAAGGUAACACAGUUGUCAAGCAGAGCAGAAUCUGGCACACCAUGUUGACCAAGCUUUAUUUUAAGCUUUUCCUGUAUGCCAUCUUCAUGUGGUGUCUCCACAUCAUGAAUAUGAUUGUCUUUUAGCCAAGUGUAAUUGUUCGGUGCACCAACAGAUGUGAACAUAGUACCUCAAUAAAAUCUGGCAUUUGCGGUGUUGUAUCCUUAA